AUGGAUGAUAGAAAUGUGAGCACGAUAACCUAUUUCAUCAUUACCGGGAUCUCAGGCCAGCCUUCAUUUCAGUUGUUACUUUUCCUUCUAAUUUUGCUAAUUUUUCUCAUCACUCUCGGAGGUAAUGUGACCAUCUUCCUCCUUGUUUGUCUAGAUAAUCAUCUCCAUACACCUAUGUACUUUUUCUUGGCCAACUUGUCUAUCUUGGACAUUAGUUGUUCUACAAUCACUAUUCUUAAUAUCCUUACUUCUUUUUUAUCAGGAGAUAACACUGUCUCAGUUCUUAAAUGUCUUGUGCAGAUUUUUGCCUAUUUGUCAUUGACUUGUGAUGAACUGCUGCUUUUGGCAGCUAUGAGUUAUGAUCGUUAUGUUGCUAUCUGCAAGCCUUUGCAUUAUCAUCUUGUCAUGAAUUUGAAGCUUUGUGUCCUUUUGGCCUCCUUGUGUUGGGCCUGUGGUUUCCUUGAAAGCAUACCGACUUUUAUGGGGAUCUUCAAAUUAACAUGUUAUGAGUCCGACAAGGUGGACCAUUUCUACUGUGACAUUGUGCCUGUCCUGAAGCUGUCAUGCAGUGACACAUCUUUCCUCCAGCUCUAUAUCCUCACUGUAGGGGUCAUGGUUUGUGGUUUUACCCCUUUUGCCCUUACAUUCAUCUCCUAUAUCUUCAUAAUUACCACUAUCCUGUCCAUACGUUCUAGCAGUGGCAGACGUAAAACCUUCUACACAUGUUCCUCCCACCUUACAGUUGUCAUCUGUCUCUAUUCCUCUCUUGUCUUCCAAUAUUUGAGGCCGAUUUCAUCCAUCAAUUUAGGUUCCAGUAAAUAUUUAUCAUUGUUUAACGUAGCUGCUGUCCCUAUGCUGAACCCCCUUAUCUACAGCUUAAAGAAUAAAGAUGUGAAAGCCGCUAUAAGGAGAAGAAUAACAUUUCUGUAG